ACAGUCUGAUGGAGCCAGUGGUGGGAGAGCUGCAGGGGCUCAACAUAGGCAGCUCAAGCUUGCUGGGCCUGCCAGAGCCUUGCCCCUGGGACAGCGACGAUGAACUCCUGGGAAUUGGGGGCAUCAAACCAAAAUCAUCACCUAUUCCAAGGCGCCGAAGCUCAUUGUCCUGCUCCGAUGAUGACUGCCAGCCUCCACCUUCCAGCUCCCGGAGAGUGUCUUUUGCGGAUGCUUUUGGCUUGAGUUUGGUCUUGGUAAAGCAGUUUGAUACCGGGUCUAUGUGUGAUCCCGCAGACCUGUUGGAGGUUGAGCUUAAGGAUACAAAGGAGUACUUUCUGAAACUUCUCUUUGCUCUUCCACCAACACUGGAUGAGCUACUCUUUAAGGUCCAAGAGCAGAAGGUGGAUCUAGAGGGUCUGGAGCUUCUCCCUGGAACAACCACACUGAAAGGGAUUGUUCGUGUUCUGAACAUGUGUUUUGAUAAGCUGGUCUACAUCCGCACUUCUUUGGACUUUUGGAGCAGCCAUUUUGACCUGCUGGCAGAAUAUGUGCCAGAGUCAAGCCAAGGGGAUACGGACUGCUUCUCUUUCAAGUUAACGCUGGUGCCACCUUUUGGAGAGCAAGGAGCCAGAGUGGACUUUUGCAUUCGAUAUGAAACACCUUUUGGAACUUUCUGGGCAAACAACAAUGGACAGAAUUAUGUUUUGUUUUGUCAUGAAAAGACAAAAGAAAAACAUGAAAAUGAGAAACUUAAACCAAAAAGCUGUCUGAAACCAGGCAGACAUUCCUCUAUAACCAGCACUACCUCAAAUGCCAAGGAAACUCCAGAAAUCAUUCUUAACCACGGAAUAGCUGCUGUUACUGAACUUGUGGGCAUCAAAGAAGAAAAAAUACAAGAGGAGCACAAACUGAAGGAGGAAAACAGCAGAAACUGCAGUAGGAGAAAAAGAAGAAAAGCAGCACGGAUGGCAAAACUACAGCAGUACUUUCAACAAAAAGAUGAAAAAGAUCUCCAACAGACUGAGAAAGACACUGACGAAGCGGAUGUCCCUGUUCCAGCAAGAGACGAGGCACUUUUAAACCUGUCAACACCACAAACCAACGUUGCUUCUUUGCUGGCUGAGUCAAGAAGAACUGAAGGACAGAAAUCCAGUGUAGAUUCCAUGGAUGUUGACAGAAACCAGGUUCCUGUUAGACAAAUCCAAACACAGGAAAAGGACAAAAUUCCAGCAAUCCAGCCUGAAGUAAUACAUCCUUCCAAAUCCCUGACUAGGCGACCCACCUUGGGCUCUGUAAACAGUCAUAAAUCUGUGGUAUACUCUCAGCUUUUGGAAGGCGGACAAGAUAAAGAAGCAGUUACCAACCAAAGUGUUUCACUUAAAUGCCAAAGUUCAGACAAAUCUACUGGUAAAAAUGUUGAAAAGGCAUGGGAAUGCUUUGAGAAAUGUCCGCUAGAACGGAUGGGGAGCAAUGCAGACACGAACAGCAGUGUAGGGAAAACAAAUCAUGUGUACAACACACUCUUAGAGAAUAACCAAGGACCUCAGUCGUUUGGCCAUCGCUAUACAUUUGGGACAAUAGUAGCUCCACUUUACCAUCAAGUUUUUGAAAGAAUGGAAAAUGACAGAAAAGGGGUUAAGAACAGUGCAUCCAAAGCUGACGAGUCAGCUGGGAAACCGAACAAUGGGAGUAUGAGAGUAGUCACGUACCCAAGUGUAGAGACAAGGUCAAAUCCAGAAAUAUCAGCAAAACAUGUGAACAAUGAUAAUUAUCAUGGGGCCUGCAAAGAAACAAUUCCAGUAUAUUUACAUAACACAAAGAGUGCUACUGGAAAUACUUUAUCUGGUCCAAAUGUGAAAACAAAACUUGUUGCAGAGAUUGCUUUUCAGGACACUGCUUUACCAGGCAUUACAGACAAUCUGUUGGAUGAUAGUAUUUCAGAUUCAAAACCAUCACAAGCAGUUACAGAGAAACAAGAAUCACCAAACAGCCUGCCCUCGGUUUCCUGGGAAGAAUCCACAACUGAUCAGACACAACAAACAUCAGAAAUGAGUUUUUUACAAAGUGAACAUUCAGACGAUACAGAAUACUCACCAGACAACAAGCUUACAAGAUAUUCACUAAACACCUUACAGCAAGAACUGAUGUGUACAGACAAUGCAAUUUUAUUCACACAGUCUGAAGUUGACUUAGCAGCUGCCAAGCCCUCACCAGCUAUAGUUCCUGAAAAUCCACAAUCCACAGACAGAUCAGUCACUCAGACAUCUUUUGAAACUCAAAUUUAUGAUGAUACGAUGCAGAACAAGGAAGCCCAAACAUCAGAGCAAACCUUGAAUACUCGCAUCAAGUGCCUAAAAGAAAUCGACACUCCCAUGCCUGACUUUAUUUCUGAUAUUUCAGCAAACGCCGCACCUAAAAUGAGCCAAAGUGAAGCUUCAUCACCUUCUCAGGAUCUAACACAAGCGACCAUCCAACCCCAAAUUCCAGCCACCGUUUUCUUUACUCAAAGCCCAGAGGCAGUUGAAGCUGCGGUUCCUGAACUCCAAACUACAGACGACACAAACGUGAUCCAGAAAACAACCAACAGGUGUCAAACUAGUGAUAGUUCAAAUCAUAUUGGCUCUGAAACAGAAUCAAAUCCAAGUUAUAGAUAUGAUGGUGUAGAUAGUUGGAAAAAAAUAGAAAAUGAUGCUGAAACUAUUCAGACAGAAACAGUCCAUGUGAUCCCAGAACAAGCAUCUGUAGAUAGGAUCUCAUCAAACCUUAUUGAUGUCACCCAAAUCAAUGAAAAUAAAGAACACAGAAGUUCGCCUUUGAAUUUUCCUGAUGAAGUUACUGAUUAUGAUGAACAUUUGGUUAGCGAUAUGGCAAUAUCUAGUGUUAGUAGCAAUCCUGACGAUCCUGAAGAUUCCUCAGAAGAAAAUGAAGAAGAAGAAGAACAACAACAAGAAGACGCUAAAGAAAAUGUUCAGCUGAAGAAUCCUGGUAAAUAUGAAGUACAAGAAUUAACAGAUAUGACAGAAAAUCAAUCAAAGGAAGUAAAGGAAAUAAGUGAAAUAGAAAAGCCAUUAGAAGAGGAAGAAGAACAACAACAAGACAAACAAGAAGAUCAUGUUGCAAAAGAAGAACCAGAAAGUUACAAAAAAGUAGAAUUAGAUAAUGAAGACAAAUUUAAAGACGACACAGAGGACUAUGAAGAAGAGGUAAAGAAGGAUGACAAGGAAAAGGAUGCAGAGCCAAGAAGAAAUGGAGUGGAAUUGGAGGAUAAGAAAGUGCUUGAAGCAGAAAUUAAGGAGCAGGAGAUGGUUAGUAGUGCAAUUUCUUUGGCUACGAUACAAAAUAUCCCGAAUAUAGACUCUUUUAUUCGAGAGGUUCAUCUACAUGUGGGACAGGAGCAGCAAAAAACAGGUUUGGAACAGACGUUUGAGGAACCAGUAAGUGAUCACUCCAUUGGUGAAGAAGAAGAAAAAGAGAUUAUCUGUGGAAUCGAUUCAUCACAGGAAGCUCUGACACUAGACGGAGAUCUAGGAUUCAGUGGCCAAGUUGAAGAGGUAGAAAACAAUUCAGAAUGUACUGACCGAGAGAAAGAUGUGUUCUGCCAAACAGACAAAGAGCAUGCGGUAGAAGAUGCCAUUGGUGAAGUUGAUGCAGUGCUGGAGAAGCAGGAGCAGGACUGUUUAAAUGAAAAGAGCGAGAAUAUGGAUGACAGAGCCUCCACAGACUCUCUAACAGAUGAUGAAAUGGAGCUGUGUCUCCUCAGACUGAAGAACACCCAACAGUCAGGACUUAAAGAUGGCAUAUCUAUUGGAAAGAGGCUCUCCAUAAGCAGAACAUGCAUAAUACCAUCACCCAUGCCUUCGAUUUCAGAAUAUAUCGAUGAGGACCAGCCAAAUGCUUUGCUGGAUGAUCUCUCAAACGAGGAUAUGAGAGAACUAGAGAGAGCCACUCGACCUCUAUUGGACAAAGAGGAGGAAGUCAUUGAGCCGAAUUUGUUAUGGUGGAGAGAGUUCUCCUCUGAUAAUAUGCCAAAAAUAAUUGUGUACACCCUUUUGUUUGUUGUUCUUUUAAUAACCAUAUAUAUUUGUGACUUCAUUGCAUGUUUUGGGCUCUACCUGCUCGCUCUGUAUUGGCUCUACUUUCAAGUCCAGGGAGAACCUUUAAAAGGCACUUGACCCAACAAGACAAAAAAGACUAUUACUGGUUUGCAAAUGAUAUUUUUUCUAUUGCGGGCCAUUCACUGUGUUUCAGCUCUAUUGUUUGACUCAAAUGUCUCUUUGAGGAAUUAAACAUGAGGAAUUAAAACAUAUGUGUAUGCAGCUUGGUUGCUAAUUGGGAAGGACAUUUUUAAUAGUGUUACUUAGAGCAGAUGUUUUCAACCUUUUUUGGAGCUAAGGCACAGCAAAGGUCAAACCAGAAUGUCACACCAACUUCAAGUUGUUUAUCAACUAUGACUCAAAAUGUAAAAGUAGGCAACUGUGAUUAUGCGACAUAUCCUAGCAACCCUGUUGAUUGCAUCACAUGGAUCUAGGAGAAGGGCGGCACAGUGGUGUAGUGGUUAGCGCUGUCGCCUCACAGCAAGAAGGUCCGGGUUCAAGCCCCGUGGCCGGCGAGGGCCUUUCUGUGCGGAGUUUACAUGUUCUCCCCGUGUCCGCCCGGGUUUCCUCCGGGUGCUCCGGUUUCCCCCACAGUCCAAAGACAUGCAGGUUAGGUUAACUGGUGACUCUAAAUUGAGCGUAGGUGUGAAUGUGAGUGUGAAUGUUUGUCUGUGUCUAUGUGUCAGCCCUGUGAUGACCUGGCGACUUGUCCAGGGUGUACCCCGCCUUUCGCCCGUAGUCAGCUGGGAUAGGCUCCAGCUUGCCUGCGACCCUGUAGAACAGGAUAAAGCGGCUAGAGAUAAUGAGAUGAGAUGAGAUCUAGGAGAAGCCGUUUUAUUUAGCAGACGCUCUUACUCAGAGCGACGUAGAAGAAGUUCAACAAUUUUUACCUAAUCUGCAUGUCUUUGAAGUGGGAGGAAACCCACACAGACAUGGGGAGAACAUUCAAACUCUACACAGAA